ACUCUCAACAACAAGUUCAAAAUCAUUUAACUAAUCAUGAAUUCCUCAAUCCAAGCAAAAUUAGUACUAGUACCAUUCAUCAUGGCUCUAAUUCUAUUACUAAUUGCACCAUCUUCAGAAGGUGCUAUCACUUGUGGCACAGUAAUUAGCUCAAUCAAGCCCUGCCUCAGCUAUUUACAAGGCAGUGGUGGGACACCACCACAACCUUGCUGUGAUGGUUGUCAAUCUCUUGUAUCUGCUGCAACAACUGUACCAGAUAAGCAGGCUGCAUGCACUUGUCUAAAGAAUGCAUCUCAAAAAAUCAACAUUAAUUCUCAACUUGCAGGGAGUCUUCCUAAGAGUUGUGGAAUCUCCUUGUCCUUCCCUAUUUCAUCCACUGUUGACUGCACCAAGAUCAAUUGAAGUGUUUUAAGGAUGCCAUAUAUAUAUACAAGGCAUUUCUUUGGCGUGAUGAAGGCUAUUUAUAUAGCAAAUAAAAUUUGUUUGAAUGCAUAUUAUAAGUUAUAAUUGUGAUUUUUUUUUUCUGGUUUAUAUUUGUAAUAUAAUAUAUCUCGAUGUUAUGUUCAGGAUUUUUGCACUUUUGUUCUGCAUGUAAUAAAAUUGUGUUUUCUCCGAUGAGGAGAAAAUUCAAUAGCUUUUCUUAUAAUAUACGAAACGAGCUAGCUGGGCUUACAUUGAAUUAAAUCAAAUAUGUACGUUAUGAGAAUUUAUCAAAGUUUUUGUUAUUCUUUUUU